AUGAGAGAUCAAACACCAGCUGAGAGUCAGAGGUCCUCUGUCAGCGAAAUGCUGCUCCUGCUACUUGUGUUGCUAGCAGUUCUCCUCCCAGGUGGUGACAAUCAAGAAGUCCCUGGGAUCUUGGUAUCUUUCCCGUGUCGAUGGUUUUUCUUUCUCUCUAGCUUCUCCCCUUCACUUAAGUCUUUUCUGGUUUUCUUCACAGCCUCCCCAGGGCCGACCUCAUUCCAUAUCAUCCAAAUUUCAACCUUUGCCAACAGCACCUGGACAAAACAUUGUGGCUCAGGCUGGUUGGGUGAUCUGCAGAUUCAUGGCUGGGAUAGUGACACAGGCACUGCGAUAUUCCUGAAGCCCUGGUCUAAGGGCAACCUCAGUGAUGUGGAAGUCACGGAGAUGGACAAUAUCUUUCGAUUCUACUACGUUGGAUUUACCAGGGAAGUGCAGGAACACCUACUUGACCUUCAGUUCAAAUACCCCUUAGAGAUCCAGAGCAUAGGAGGCUGUGAGCUACAGUCUGGGGGAGCCAUCGUAAGUUCCUGGAAGGGGGCUGUAGGAGGCCUGGAUUUCCUGAGCAUCAAUACUACCUGUUGGCCUGCCCCAGGACCCAGCAGCAGCAGGGCACAGAAGGUCUGUGAAAUCUUUGCAAAGUACAAAGGCAUCUUUGACACAGUGGAGCACCUGCUCUAUAAAACCUGUCCCCGGUUUCUCUUGAGCGUCCUGGAGGCAGGGAAGGUGUACCUCCAGAGACAAGUGAAGCCCAAGGCCUGGCUGUCCAGUGGUCCCAGUCCUGAACCUGGCCACAUGCUGCUGGUGUGCCACGUGUCUGGCUUCUACCCCAAACACGUGUGGGUGAUGUGGAUGCGAGGUGAGCAGGAGCAGCAGGGCACUCAGCGAGGUGACUUCCUGCCCAACGCGGAUGGGACCUGGAACCUCCGAACAACCCUGGAUGUGGCAGCUGGGGAGGCGGCUGGCCUGGCCUGCAGGGUGAAGCACAGCAGCCUAGGAGGGCAGGACCUCGUCCUCUACUGGGGACGCUCCAACCCCAUUGGCCUGGUCAUUCUGGCAGUUAUAGUGCCCGCUCUGAUCUUCCUGCUGGGCCUUGCUUUAUGGUUCUGGAGACGCAGGUGAGAUUCUAUUUCCUUACUCUUCCU